AUGACGGCCUGCAUGACGGCCUGCAUGACGGCCUACAUGACGGCCUUCAUGACGGCCUACAUGACGGCCUACAUGACGGCCUUCAUGACGGCCUUCAUGACGGCCUGUUCCUCGCCACCUAACAAUCAGCCCACCCUACCCACAGUCAACAAUCAGCCUACCCUACCCACAGCCAACAAUCAGCCUACCCUACCCACAGCCAACAAUCAGCCCACCCUACCCACAGCCAACAAUCAGCCCACCCUACCCACAGCCAACAAUCAGCCCACCCUACCCACAGCCAACAAUCAGCCCACCUUACCCACAGCCAACAAUCAGCCCACCCUACCCACAGUCAACAAUCAGCCCACCUUACCCACAGUUAACAAUCAGCCCACCUUACCCACAGUCAACAAUCAGCCCACCUUACCCACAGUCAACAAUCAGCCCACCCUACCCACAGCCAACAAUCAGACCACCUUACCCACAGCCAACAAUCAGCCCACCUUACCCACAGCCAACAAUCAGCCCACCUUACCCACAGCCAACAAUCAGCCCACCUUACCCACAGCCAACAAUCAGCCCACCCUACCCACAGUCAACAAUCAGCCCACCCUACCCACAGCCAACAAUCAGCCCACCCUACUCACAGCCAACAAUCAGCCCACCCUACCCACAGCCAACAAUCAGCCUACCCUACCCACAGCCAACAAUCAGCCCACCUUACCCCACAGCCAACAAUCAGCCCACCCUACCCACAGCCAACAAUCAGCCCACCCUACCCACAGUCAACAAUCAGCCCACCCUACCCACAGCCAACAAUCAGCCCACCCUACCCACAGCCAACAAUCAGCCCACCCUACCCACAGUCAACAAUCAGCCCACCCUACCCACAGCCAACAAUCAGCCCACCUUACCCCACAGCCAACAAUCAGCCCACCCUACCCACAGCCAACAAUCAGCCCACCCUACCCACAGUCAACAAUCAGCCCACCCUACCCACAGCCAACAAUCAGCCCACCCUACCCACAGUCAACAAUCAGCCCACCCUACCCACAGUCAACAAUCAGCCCACCCUACCCACAGUCAACAAUCAGCCCACCCUACCCACAGUCAACAAUCAGCCCACCCUACCCACAGUCAACAAUCAGCCCACCCUACCCACAGUCAACAAUCAGCCCACCCUACCCACAGUCAACAAUCAGCCUACUCUCCGCACAUAAUUCCCUCAGAGGAGUUGACGUUGAGGAAAACUUUCCUCGUGUUCCUCAACAGUGUGAUUCACCCGCCUUAACUUCCAGCUAUUUCCUGCUGCUUACGGAGUGA